AUGGGCAAACACAAUCUAACAGCGCUUAAUGAAUUUGUUCUGAUGGGAAUCACAGACCACCCAGAGCUGCAGGCUCCAUUGUUCGGGCUGUUCCUCAUCAUCUACAUGAUCUCAGUGGUGGGCAACUUGGGCAUCAUCAUCCUCACCAAAAUGGACUCCAGGCUACAAACUCCCAUGUACUUUUUUCUCAGACACCUGGCUAUCACUGAUCUUGGUUACUCAACAACUGUGGGACCAAAAAUGCUGGCAAAUUUUGUUGUAGAUGAAAAUACAAUCUCCUAUUACUUUUGUGCUGCACAACUAGCAUUCUUUAUUUUGUUCAUAAAUGUUGAACUUUUCAUUUUGUCGGCAAUGUCCUACGACCGAUAUGUGGCCAUCUACUUUCUCAGGAUGAACUCAGCUGAGGGCAGGCACAAGGCCUUCUUCACCUGUGGAUCCCCCCUGACGGCAGUGAUAGUGUUCUUUGGGACUUUAAUCUUUAUGUACAUGCAGCCCAAGUCCAGUCAUUCCUUUGAUGGUGAUAAAGGAGCUUCCAUAUUUUAUACCCUGGUUAUCCCCAUGUUGAACCCCUUGAUUUAUAGCUUGAGGAACAAAGACGUAAAAUAUGCCCUACAUAAGACACGGAAAAAAAUAUGGAACAUCUUUUCUACAGUUUGA